UCUUCCUCUCGGAAGGCUUCGCGCUGACCCCCGGGCCAAGCGCCGGCGCGGGCAGUCCCCCAGCAAGCGGAUGUCAACGGCAGACACCAAAGCUCACCGCCGCCGCGCGCCGCACCGUGUGUAGAAGCGGGGGCGGAGGGGGAGGGGUCGCCAGCGCGCGCAUGCCCGCCCGCCCGCCCCGCGUGACGUGCGCCGCCGGGGCCGCCCGACGAGAUCAAAGUGGGAGCGGCGCGAGGCGGGUCGGGUCGGUACCGGUCGGUGUGCGCGAGAGGCAGGGGCGCGGGGGUGGCCUCCUCCCGCCCACGGGGUAGAGAUCUGGGCGGCUCGCGCCGGAGGUUGUUGGCCAGGCGGCUCGGCGGCUGUUGGUGGCAGUUUAUCUUGCCCGCUUCCCUUCCGUCAGAGUGUUGUGGCAGCAGCGUGGGGCAUGAGGGGCCGUGGGUCGCCGCGCCGCAGUGGCGGUGGCCAGCACGUGGCAUAGCCGGGGACGGCGGCAAGCUCCGGGCCGGGAUAACAGCGGUGUGGCCGGCCGAGCGCGGCUCCCUGCAUGUGGAAAGUGAGGCGAGCCAGGGAGCCCGGUGGCACCGGCGAGCACCCGGCCGCGCGGUCCUGACUGCCCGGGCAGCGGCGGCCGCCCGCCAUGGAUUGCAGCCUUCUCCGGACCCUCGUGAGCAGAUACUGUGCUGGAGAAGAGAAUUGGGUGGACAGUCGGACUGUUUAUGUUGGGCAUCGUGAACCACCUCCAGGCACCGAAGCGUACAUUCCACAGAGAUUUCCAGAUAACCGAAUAGUCUCAUCAAAGUACACCUUUUGGAACUUUGUACCAAAAAAUUUGUUUGAACAAUUCAGAAGAAUAGCUAACUUCUAUUUUCUCAUCAUUUUCCUUGUUCAGUUAAUUAUUGAUACACCAACUAGUCCAGUUACAAGUGGACUUCCACUUUUAUUUGUCAUCACUGUAACAGCUAUCAAACAGGGUUAUGAAGAUUGGCUUCGGCAUAAAGCUGACAAUGCAAUGAACCAAUGCCCUGUUCAUUUCAUUCAACAUGGUAAACUGGUUAGAAAGCAAAGUCGAAAAUUGAGAGUUGGAGAUAUUGUGAUGGUAAAAGAAGAUGAAACAUUCCCGUGUGACUUAAUAUUUUUGUCAAGUAGCAGAGGAGAUGGAACUUGUUUUGUUACGACAGCUAGUUUGGAUGGUGAAUCCAGUCAUAAAACGUACUAUGCUGUUCAAGAUACGAAGGCAUUUCACAGUGAACAAGAAAUCGAUGCACUGCAUGCUACCAUUGAAUGUGAACAACCUCAGCCUGACCUUUAUAAAUUUGUUGGUCGAAUAAAUGUUUACCAUGACAGGAAUGAGCCUAUUGCAAGGCCAUUAGGAUCUGAAAAUCUGCUUCUUAGAGGAGCCACUUUAAAGAAUACAGAAAAAAUAUUUGGUGUUGCUAUCUACACUGGCAUGGAGACUAAAAUGGCAUUAAAUUACCAGUCAAAAUCACAGAAGCGAUCUGCUGUAGAAAAAUCUAUGAAUGUAUUCCUUAUUGUAUACCUCUGUAUACUCAUCAGUAAAGCACUAAUAAAUACUGUCCUGAAGUAUGUCUGGCAGAGUGAACCAUUUCGUGAUGAACCAUGGUAUAAUCAGAAAACAGAACCAGAAAGGAAAAGAAAUUUGUUCCUUCGAGCUUUUACAGACUUCCUUGCAUUCAUGGUUCUUUUCAACUACAUUAUUCCUGUAUCCAUGUAUGUCACUGUGGAAAUGCAGAAAUUUCUAGGUUCUUAUUUCCUUACAUGGGAUGAGGAAAUGUUUGAUGAGGACACAGGUGAAGGACCACUGGUGAAUACUUCUGAUCUCAAUGAAGAGUUGGGACAGAUUGAGUAUGUCUUCACAGAUAAAACAGGAACAUUAACUGAGAACAACAUGGAAUUUGUAGAAUGUUGCAUUGAAGGGCACAUUUAUAUACCACAUGUUAUCUGCAAUGGCCAAAUUCUCCAUGACUGUACAGGCAUUGAUAUGAUCGAUUCUUCUCCAGGAGGAAGCGGAAAGGAGAGAGAGGAACUGUUUUUCCGAGCUCUUUGUCUCUGCCAUACUGUUCAGGUAAAAGAUGAUGACAGCGUUGAUGGAGUGAAGAAAAACCAUCUCUCAAGAAGGUCUUGUAUAUAUAUUUCAUCAUCACCUGAUGAAGUUGCUUUGGUUGAGGGAAUACAGAGACUUGGUUACACUUAUCUAAGGCUGAAGGACAAUUUUAUGGAGAUCUUAAAUCGGGAAAAUAACAUAGAGAAGUUUGAAUUAUUAGAGGUUUUGAGUUUUGAUUCUGUGCGACGACGCAUGAGUGUAAUUGUUAAAUCUUCAACAGGUGAUAUAUUUCUGUUUUGUAAGGGAGCAGAUUCUUCCAUAUUUCCUAGAGUUAAAGAAGGCAAAAUUGAACAAAUACGAUCCAGAGUUGAACGCAAUGCAGUGGAGGGACUGCGAACAUUGUGUGUGGCGUAUAAAAAGCUCACAGCAGAAGAAUAUAGCUAUGCACAGAAGCUGCUUCAGAACGCAAAGUUGGCUCUUCAAGACAGGGAAAAGAAAUUGGCAGAGGCGUAUGAGAAGAUAGAAAGAGAUUUUAUUUUACUUGGUGCUACAGCUGUUGAAGAUAGAUUACAAGAAAAAGCUGCUGACACAAUUGAAUCUCUCCAGAAAGCUGGGAUUAAAGUUUGGGUUCUCACAGGAGACAAAAUGGAGACUGCUGCAGCUACUUGCUAUGCUUGCAAGCUAUUCCGGAGAAAUACGCAAAUACUUGAGCUAACCACGAAGAAAAUUGAGGAACAGAGUUUACAUGAUGUGCUUUUUGACUUAAGCAAAACUGUUCUAAGACACAAUGGCAGCUUAACCAGGGAUACUUUCUCAGGACUUUCAACUGAUAUGCAAGAUUACGGAUUAAUUAUUGAUGGAGCAGCUUUAUCAUUAAUAAUGAAACCAAGACAAGAUGGGAGCUCUGGUAACUAUAGAGAGCUCUUCCUUGAAAUUUGCAGGAAUUGCAGUGCAGUGUUGUGCUGUCGAAUGGCACCUCUGCAAAAAGCACAGGUUGUAAAACUGAUUAAGUUAUCAAAGGAGCAUCCUAUCACAUUAGCAAUUGGUGAUGGAGCAAAUGAUGUCAGUAUGAUACUAGAAGCACAUGUUGGUAUAGGAAUUAUUGGUAAAGAAGGUCGUCAAGCAGCAAGAAACAGUGACUAUGCAAUACCUAAAUUUAAACAUUUGAAAAAAAUGUUACUUGUUCAUGGGCACUUUUAUUACAUUAGGAUAUCUGAACUUGUGCAAUACUUCUUUUAUAAGAAUGUCUGCUUCAUUUUUCCUCAGUUUUUAUAUCAGUUCUUCUGUGGAUUUUCACAACAGACUUUAUAUGAUACUGCGUAUCUAACACUGUACAAUAUCAGCUUCACUUCUCUUCCUAUCCUCUUGUAUGGUCUAAUGGAACAACAUGUCAGUGCAGACACACUCAAAAGAGAGCCUUCCCUGUACAGAGAUGUUGCCAAGAAUGCUUUGCUGCGCUGGCGUGUAUUUAUUUAUUGGACAUUCCUAGGAGUGUUUGAUGCUGUGGUAUUUUUCUUUGGUGCCUAUUUCCUGUUUGAAAACUCAAUUGUGACCAGCAAUGGACAGCUAAUGACAACCAGCACUCACAUGAUGUUUGGAAACUGGACUUUUGGAACACUGGUGUUUACUGUGCUUGUAUUCACGGUUACACUGAAGCUUGCACUAGAUACACACUAUUGGACAUGGAUAAAUCACUUCAUGAUCUGGGGGUCACUGGUAUUCUACAUUAUCUUUUCUCUGCUCUGGGGAGGAAUUAUUUGGCCUUUUUUCAAUUAUCAGAGGAUGUAUUACGUGUUCAUGCAAAUGCUGACUAGUGGUCCUGCAUGGCUGGGUAUAAUUCUGCUCAUAACUGUCAGCCUUCUUCCUGAUGUUCUCAAGAAGGUCUUAUGCAGACAGUUGUGGCCUACAGCAACAGAAAGAAUCCAGAAUGCAUCGAGGCACUGUCGGGAGCACAUCUCAGAAUUCACACCUCUUGCCUGUCUGAAAAGCCCAAGAUACAGGAGUAGUGACUGCAGCAAUUCCCCGGCAAGAAGGUCUAAUUCUCGUUCUAAAAAAAUGCUGUUUACGCACUGGAGGGGCAUUGAUUAUUCCGUACUUCCAUCUGUCUUUGGCAGUUCAAGUAAGAAUUGCCGUUCCAGUGCAGGCUACGGCUACAGUGGGUCAGGUUUGGAGACGUCUGUAUGACAGAACACCGAGUCAAGCCUUUAAAAACUGUAAUUUUGUUUAUUUCCUUUUUCAGUAAAUGAAACAUGUCACAGAAUAGACUGAACUGUACUUGGGUUUUACCGUCUGAGGUAGCGUUCAGGCAAACAGGAUCCAGAGCUAGAAGUAUGAACCCUUCCAGGCUGAUAGGUCUCUUUUUAUGUUUUGAACUGUUGGAGCAAUGAACAAAAUCUGCACAGUCUGGUACUGUGAGACUGGUAGCACUAAAAAUUAUCUUCAUCCUGUGUCAAGACUUCUGUGCAUUUACUGCUUGUGUCAUCUUUAGUCAUUUUCUUUAUUACUUGAAGUGUAUAGUUUCAGUCGGUGACCGACAUCUUGAUAUCAAUGGUUUUAAUUUCAGCCAGGAGUAGUGACCUCAGUUAUCUCCCAUGAAAGUCUCCUACAGCAUAUUUAACACAUCCUUUUCCUGAUGUUUAUUCUGUCCUUUUUCUUUCUUUGCUCUUUCUGUAGAACAAACUGGUGUUUCCUCUGUGCAAAUCUGCUUUCAAGAAAUACUCUCUAAUGUUCACCUCCUUGUAAGUGGCCAAAUCAGGGCAAUGUCUGGUUUCCAGUUAGUUUUCUGGUGUAGAAGGAAAGGCAAAACAAUCCUUGAGUACAGUACAUACAGGCUGUGUGAAGUCAAGUUGGCUGUCAAAUAGGUAUCUACUCAAACUGAAUGUAAGCAUUUUGCCUACAAAGUCUUUCUGAGUUGUUCAAGUUGCAGAUACCUGGUGUUUCCAUUUCCUAUCUCUCUGAAUGUAAAAUAUGCAUAGCUGAAAGUAUUGCACAUUACACUUUUUGGACUCUCUUCUUUUUCCCCUUAGCAGAAAAAAACACUGGUUUCCCAAAUAAGUGUCAGAUACUGUCUGAAUUAAUUUCCUUGAUUUUGAUUUUCCUGUGUGCAUGGUUACUACUGGCUUGGCAGAUGUGUUGCAAAGCACACAACUGGUGACUUUUGCAAUCAAACCACGAGGUGGCACAUGGCAGUUUACUAACAGUUGGACCUUUGUUGUGAUACAGAAACUAGUCUGACUGCAAGGAUUCUGUUCAAAUCACUUCAGGAGUGACAGCCAACUUGCACUUCUCUCUUCUCUGCUACAUUUGUGUUUCCUUGCACUGAUUCAGCUAUUAGCUGUGUCCUUGUCCUGUUUCUUUAGUCCAGUGUUUUAUUUUGGGGUACAAAAUUAUCUGAAGGAGUAAUCCGAUUCCAGUCAAGUUUAGCCUGCUAUUUAGAACUGGUUUAUAACCUCAGUCAUUAAAUACCUCUGAGGAGGACAUCAGCUAAAAAAUUAUUUCAAUGUGAAAACACAAUGUUUGGAAUCAGAGCUGCAGAUGUUACUGGAAGGUGGGGCCAAGACACUGUUAGUUGCCUUUUGAAAGCACGAGGGUGGCACAGGAAAAACUUGCGUUAAAAACCCAAAGAACAAAAAAAAAAACCCAAACAAAAAACAUAACAGAGGCAAAACAGUUUAGUUGCUGAUUUACUUUUUAAUAAAAGAAAAACUAACAUAGCAGGAAAUAUUCUUCAUAAUCCAAGUAAAUUUCACAGUAAACAGUGAAAUGAUAUUAAAAUGCCCUAGGACAAAGAGACUGUAAAGAGAGUGUUGCAUUUUCAGUAUACCAAAGAUAAGAGAGUUGUAUAAAGUCUAUGGGUGAGCACCACCAAUGAAGGUAUCUUAGACAUUUCCCAUGUAGCACUUUUAAGUUUCAAAGAAUGUCUGCAUACCAGUAACAUUUUGAGAUCCAUACCUGUGGGGGUGUGCACAUAUACUUGCCAUUACAGACUUGAAUGUUGGUCAGUUGGAACCGUCCCCUACAUAAAACACUGGUGUAUAUAUUUUUAAAGAGUUAAUAUGGGUAUAAAUUUUAUACCAGUAGCAGUGACAAAUUUCUUGUGUGUAGUUAACAAAUUAUUUGUAAUGUAUUUUUUAGAAAUCUUUAAAAUUGCCUUUGCACUGAAAUAUUUUUCAUACUGUAGCUAUUUAUAACUCUGGUUUACGCAUACAUUUGUUAACACACCAUUUCUAUUUAAGUAUAUGUUUUGAAGGCUUUUUUUUUUAUACCUAUGAGUUUUGGCCACUUGAAUUUAGCUUCCAGUGGAGUUGUGGCUGAAUGUGAAAAUCCUGAUGAAUGUCAGAUUAGAGAUACAGGUCUAUUGCUCUGUCAGUCUCACCCAGACUUGAUACUUUGUUGGUAUUUGUGAUAGCGGUGGUUAGGGCGCUGUAUUUUCAGUGCUAAACCAUUCUUGCUAGCUUUUUUACUCUGUAAAGCCUCCUGCUUUUUUACUUUUCUGAUUUCCAUCUUUUAGCCUUAAAUAAGGAAAUUUUUGCUUGAUGUUUUUGAAAAUGCUGCAUUCCUGUUCUGCCUACUAACAAAGCAGUUCACUGCAAAUUUUGUGUAGCCCUGCACCUAGAAAUUGACACUUUUAUUCAGGCUGAAACAUCUACGUAAGUGCUUGAGAAAUUUUAGUUGAACAUGUCAAAUUUUGGAGGAGAAGGAAUGCUUGUAUUUAGAUGGGAGUUUCUGCUUUGAUUUAGCAAUACUUUUCUCUUUAAAAGUUGGUACUGUUUGUUAAAAUAGACUGUUUAAUGGAGGAAAAAAAAACCAAACAAACCAUAAACCAUGAACUCAAGUUUCACUUGAUGUGCUUUUGCUUCAGUCUUUGUUACUGUUGCCAUGCAAACCUAGUCCACUGCAGCAGGGUUAACUUGAAGUUUCAUUGUUAAUGGAUCAGACUAUAUAAAGACUAUAAAAAGUAGAAAUUAGAUCAAAACGCAGUAGAAUGCUUUAUUAUGGAUGGGACAUGGAAAGGAGACAGAUUACUGUGUCCUAAAAAUAAGAAGAAAUUAAAGGGGGAAAGUAUAAAGAUCUAUACAACUUCCUAACUUGCCUUGUUUGAAUUGUUGCAGCUUUAACAGCAUAGUGUCUCCAUAACUGCUUCUAUAAAUGUCUUGAAACUGGUAAGCACUAACCAAAUGUAUGUGAAGACUUAGAAAGUAUUUCAAGCUUUUCAGCCACUGAAGUUCAUAUAUUCCUGCAGUGGCUUGUGGCAAAAGAUCUCUUUUGGUUUACCGCGUACAAUAUUUGUUUGUCCAGCCACUUAAUGUAAAAGCUUACAGUUUACUUUCUCGCUUGCUUUAGCCUGUUUGUCUUGACCCAACUGGCUUGCAAAUAUAAAAACGAGUUUCACUGAGCAACUGCACUACUUUUCUUUUGGAAGCCAGUGGGAUCAUUGUGCUCAUGCUACUGUCUCUGUUAAAGAAAGCUUUAAUGGAAAUUUGUGCAAGUAUUCUGAAGGUGAAGAAGUGUGUGGUUCUACUUUACAGAGUAAUCAAAAUAUCAGUUCAUACAGCUUUAAAUUUUUGUACCUUCUGAAAAUCCACAGAAUUUUAAUCUGCACUGUGGCUGACGUCGAUUCCGUGCUAGGUACAGACUGCAUUUUAAAUUCCCUUGCAGGAGCUCCUCAUGUAAAGUAGAAUCCGUGAACGCUGGUGUAUGGGGGCUGGGGGUAGUUAUCUGUGCAUUACACAUUAAAGAUGUCUGUAGCCAUCAGCACCAAAUACCAACGCUGCUUUCUCAUUGUACAACUAGAGGUGCAUUUAUUUGAAAAUAAAUCAGCCUUCAACUCUAACGUUUAGAUUAUCCUAUACCACUUCACUUAUUUGAUUUGAAGAGUCAUUGUGUGAAUACAUUACUGUAAGGUUUCUUUUCAGUGCUAUUUUUAAACUUUCGUUUCUGUAGAUAAGCAAAUGUUACUUGUUUAUAUUCAGUCACUUUUUGGAUCCUUAGGUAGAAUAUAUAAGCAGGAUACAUGAAUCUGCUUGCAAUAAAUAUAAACAAACAAGACUGGUUUAAGUUUGCUCACGAGUAAUUAAAAUAAUUCUACUGUUAAUAUGGUUUCAUAUUAGUCUGUAAUAAAAUGUAAGUAGACAACAGAAAA